UUCCGCGCUGAGAGUCGCCCCGGGCGGCCGCUGUGGCUGUGGCCUCCGCCUAAUGCUUUCGCGCUCCUCCCUUUCCUCCUCCUCUUUCUCCUCCUCCGAGUCCCAGUCAGGCCGACCUGCUCCGCUCGCGGGCAGAAAAACUAAGACCUUGUCCAGAGUCCCAUGUGCCUAGGUGACUCUGCAACUUGAUGGACGACGACAACCCUUUUCAACCAAAAAGUAAUUCCAAAAUGGCAGAACUGUUCAUGGAGUGUGAAGAAGAAGAGCUGGAACCAUGGCAGAAGAAAGUAGAAGAAAUUCAGGAUGAAGACGAUGAUGAGCUGAUCUUUGUUGGAGAGAUAUCAAGUUCAAAACCAGCCAUUUCAACUAUUUUGAACAGAGGUAAUCCCAGCUCAUCUUCAAAGGGAAUAAAGAAUGAGACAGUCAGUCAAGGUGUCACUGAUGCAUUCAAGCCUUCAAGUCAGCACUACAAAGACCCAGCAUCAAGUCCAGUGGCUGCUUUGCCUAGAUUUCAUCCUGAAUCCAAAUCUUCACAUAGCUCUGAUAUUGUUCAGAACGUGUCUAAACCUGAUUUUACAAAAAAUUCAUCACAAGAUGAAUCGGAUGAUUCUUCAGAUUCACUGUUCGACUUGACCCAGGAUACAAUACCACUGUCCCAAGAUGGAUCAACAAUUUAUAUAGAAGGUCUAGAUGAAACUCUGCCUAUAAUAAAACGUUCUUCUAUUUCUAAAGUAAACAGUGUUAAUCCAAAAAAGCCAAAGACCGGCGAAAGUGUUUCUGAAAUAAAACCUUGUUCUUCAUUGUCUUUAAUUAACUUUCCUUCAGUGACAUCCUCCCAUGUUAUGCUGUCAAAAGGUACAAAUGCCUCAUCAACUCCCCCUAAAACUGGAACACCUUUUCUAAGAUCUUGUCCAAAGUGCAAUGUUCAGUUCAAUCUUUUGGAUCCUUUGAAAUAUCACAUGAAGCGUUGUUGUCCAGACAUGGCAAAUGCAUUUUUGGAAAUGAUUAAAGUAGAACUUUCAAGUACUGAAAAUAAAAAUAAGACUGGUGCAGAGAAAGGAAAAUUGAUUAUGUUAGUUAGUGACUUUUACUAUGGAAGACAUGAAGGAGCUGCUGAUGAUGAACAGAAGACUUACACAACCUUUAAAUGCUUCAGUUGCUUGAAAGUUCUUAAAAAUAAUAUUAGAUUUAUGAAUCACAUGAAACAUCAUUUGGAACUUGAGAAGCAGAACAGUGAGAGCUGGGAAAGCCACACCACCUGCCAGCACUGCUAUCGUCAGUAUCCCACACCAUUCCAGCUGCAGUGUCACAUUGAGAGUACACACACUCCCCAUGAGUUUUCUACUAUUUGUAAAAUCUGUGAAUUAUCAUUUGAAACAGAACAUACUCUGUUACAACAUAUGAAGGAUACUCAUAAACCCGGUGAAAUGCCAUAUAUUUGCCAGGUUUGCCAGUUUAGAUCAUCAACAUUUUCUGAUGUAGAAACUCAUUUUAGAGCAUCCCAUGAAAAUACUAAGAACUUGCUAUGUCCAUUUUGCCUCAAAGUUAGUAGAAUGGCAACCCCCUACAUGAAUCAUUACAUGAAGCAUCAGAAAAAAGGAGUUCAUCGUUGUACAAAGUGCAGACUACAAUUUUUAACCUGCAAGGAGAAAAUGGAUCACAAGACCCAGCAUCGGACAUUUAUAAAGCCUAAAGAGCUAGAAGGAUUGCCUCCUGGUACAAAAGUUACUAUUCGAGCGUCAAUUGGACCUCUUCAUUCAAGACCAUCAGCUACAACUUCCAAGUGUACUCCAAGCACUUCUUCUCUUCAAGUCUUACCUCCAAAGUCUAAAAGUACAACUGCUAAAAGUCCUACAAAAUCUCAUGCAAGUAAAGCUAAGACAGGAAAGCCUCGUGCAACUACAUCCACUGCAAGUAGAUCUAAUGCAAGUAAGCAAGGUAGAAGUGCAUGUAAAUACAAAGCAAAAACCUCUUACAAGCAAAAGAAACAACGCAACAGGAAGAAUAAAAUCAGCAUAGCUUUGAAGAACUUAAGGUGUCACCGGGGAGUUCACAAGUGCAUUGAGUGUCGUUCCAAAAUAAAAGAUUUUGCAAGCCACUUUUCAAUAUAUAUCCACUGUAAUUUUUGCAAAUACAACACUAACUGUAACAAAGCCUUUAUAAAUCAUAUGGUGAGCUCUCAUAGCAACCAGCCAGCUAAACGGUUUUAUAUUUUUAAGAAGCAUUCUGGAACUCUCAGGGGCAUCACUCUAGUGUGCCUUAAAUGUGAUUUCCUAACUGAUUCUUCUGGUUUAGAUCGUAUGGCUAAACACUUAAGUCAACGUAAAACUCAUACUUGCCAAGUUAUAAUAGAAAAUGUUCCCGAAAGUACCUCAGCUUCUGAAUCCACUUCUGACGCUUGUUGAAAUAGAUUCCUGCUCUAUGGAGCUCGUGCAACCUGGUGCAAGACAAGUUGGGAUUUCCUAAGUUCAAAGUUCUGAAGUGUUUUCUUACACAAAGCGGUUAAACAGCCAAGUUCAUGACACUAGCUCUCAUUAUUCAGCUCUUUUCAGCUUUCAGAUGGCACUAGAUUCUUAUUCCACCUUAUCUUUGUGUCAGGUUAACAUAUCUUAACAUAUGCUUUUUUCUCCAGUUGGCUCUCUUCAAAAAUAACUUUUAUUGCUGUGGUCUUUUCUUGCUUUGCUUAAAAUAAUUGUGUUUUUCUCUGCUAUACUUGCCUUCAGAAUAUUGCAUUCCAAACGAUGUGACUCUUCAUCUUUUUUUGUCUGUUUUGUCUGGUUUCUUAGUUAAUUUCUUAUAAGUCUUACAUUUUUAGGUCAGAUAGCUGUCUUCUUCCUCAUUCUUUGUCUGUCAUUGUUCUAUUUUUCAUAUUUUUCAGAUGCAGAAGCAACACAGAAAUUUCAAAAAAUGUCCAGGGUACUCCUGGUCAGUGUCCCCCUUCGAUGGACACAACUGAUGCCUGUUCUCUCUUUCCAAGGAAUGUGAAUUAUUUGACUGUGAGACCUCCUCUAGGUUGUGGCCUUAAGAAAUCAGAUCUUGGGGAGAGUCCCUUCCUUCAUGACUGGCCUCCCAUAAGACUGAUGCAAAUUUGGCCAGAGAUGACCUCAAGGCCCACCAAAUUGAGCACAACUUCCCACUGGGGGCUUUGGUUCUUGAUCGUAAGCUUAUGGGUCCAUUCUGACCAAGAAAAGCCCAUCAAAUCAAUGCUUCAACAUCCAAGUUGAAGUUUAAUCAUUUUGGCUGCUGCCCUUUAAUCUUCCUCUAGCAUGCAUGCAGUCCAAGGAGUAUAAAAAGUGGUUAUGUAGGGAACCAAGGUUACUUUCAUGUUCUUGGAAAACAAAUUUCUAAAUUACAGUUCCAAAAUUAGUUAUUUUUACUGUCAUUUAAGGUUUUUUCCAGUAUUAAACCCUAGGAGUUUUCAGCAAUACUAAUAUUCAAUUUUUUAAUUUUUUUUAAGUCUAAUUUAAUUUUGUUAUCUUGGUUUUAUGUUGUCUUCACCAAAUUUAUUAAUGUCCGUUUUGUUAUGUCCUCUUUUAUUUCUUUCCUUUAAGACCUGUUUUGUGUUUGUUUUGUUUCAUUAAUAACUCCAAAAAAUUCCUUAGAAUUCCCUACAGAUUUCAUGUAGCUACUUAUUGGUAGCUUCUUAAUUUGGUAAUUGUUCUGAUCACUAGACAUUAUUAUAUCCUCUGUCCAUCUUGGGACUGUCAUUAACAUUAUCUUAGUGAUUGUGUGUUCAAACACAUAAAGAAUUGGCAAAAAACACUUCCUACAGACCUUACAACAAGUUUUAAAGUUACAUUUCUGUACAUCUACAUUAUAUCUUCUUAGCCAUUAAUGUAAUUCCUUUGGAUAAAGAUAAUAUAUUCAGAAAAUAUUGGGACCAAAAAAUGCACUUGUUUCUUGCCCAUAUAUAUAUAGAUGUAUAUUUUUUUUAAUUUUGUGUUUGUUUAUUUUGGUUACAUUGAAUAUAGAUUUGCUGAACA